AUGACUAUCUCCUGCCUGCAGUUUACUGAAGAAAAGCUGGGCCAGGCUGAGAAGACUGAACUAGAUGCCCACUUUGAAAACCUUCUGGCCAGGGCAGACUGCACAAAGAACUGGACAGAAAAGAUCUUGCGUCAGACUGAGGUUCUGCUACAGCCAAAUCCUAGUGCCAGAGUAGAAGAAUUCCUCUAUGAGAAGCUUGACCGGAAGGUGCCUUCCCGGGUCACCAACGGGGAGCUGCUGGCACAGUACAUGACAGAAGCAGCUAAUGACUUUGGGCCAGGGACACCUUAUGGGAAGACCUUGAUAAAAGUUGGAGAGACUCAAAGGCGCUUAGGUGCAGCAGAACGGGACUUCAUCCACUCUGCCUCCAUCAACUUCCUGACCCCACUGCGCAACUUCCUGGAAGGGGAUUGGCGAACCAUAUCUAAAGAGCGGAGGAUCCUGCAGAACCGCCGCCUGGAUCUGGAUGCCUGCAAAGCCAGGUUGAAGAAAGCCAAAGCUGCUGAGGCAAAAGCAGCGGCAGAACACGAGCUGAGGCUCACACAGACCGAGUUUGAUCGACAGGCAGAGGUGACACGUCUCCUGCUGGAGGGGAUCAGCAGCACACACGUGAAUCAUCUGCGCUGUCUCCACGAGUUUGUGGAGUCUCAGACCAACUACUAUGCUCAGUGUUACCAAUACAUGCUGGACCUACAGAAGCAACUGGGCAGAUUUUCAGGCACAUUCGUAGGCAAUGCAGAAUCCACAUCUCCUCCCCCAGCUGCUACCUCUCCUCCAGCUGUUGCUGCUGCCACACUCCCUGCUGUGCCUACUAUUCCAGUCGUGCCCACGAUUGUUGGGGUGCCUAAUACCGUUGCAGAGAGUGUACUGAACCCAAAUGAAGUCAAGCCUCCUGCCAGUGGGACACGGAAGGCCAGAGUCCUCUAUGAUUAUGAAGCAGCUGACAGCACUGAGCUGGCACUUCUUGCAGAUGAGAUGAUCACUGUGUACAGCCUGCCAGGCAUGGAUCCAGACUGGCUCAUAGGGGAAAGAGGGAACCAGAAAGGGAAAGUUCCUGUCACUUACUUGGAACUGUUAAGUUAAAUGUCUCCAGGAAGAAGAAUGUACAAGCAGAAUGCACCCCUCAUCUCCUGGCACUUCUAAUGCGGAUUUCUUCAUCCGAGACCAUUGCUCUCUUCAGGGUUGACACUCCAUUACUAAUACGGGAAUUGUGGGAAAGAAGUGGUAAAACUGUUACGGUAAGGUUUUGGGAAAGGGCUGAUGGCACCCAAGACUGAAUUCAUUAACUACCACUGCAGCCUGCUUUGAGGUUAGUCUUGAUGGUGCAAGAUUCCUUGAUUACUUUUUUCUACCCUACCCUAGUCUUGCUAAUGGCAGUGGCUUUCCCAGGGCCGGCAGGCUGUCUCCCUCAGCAGCUGCUCACGAAGUUUAAGUUACACUUCCCUCGUGUCUGGUGUGGGUUAGUGCCUGUCUGCCCCUCCCGUCCUCUCUCCAGCAGUAGAAUUGCCUAAGUCAAACCAUCAAGCAUUCCAGUGGGGAAGUGUCCCACACAAACCCU